AUGGCGACCGUGCUUAUCAGGCUACUGUCGCUCGCUACUCCCCUAACGGCGACUGGUACUGUCAGGAUCUGGGGGGCUUAUAAUGAUCACGUCUUGAAGAAGGAAUUUAAGGUUUUGUCUGGACGGAUCGAUGAUCUUCAGUGGUCUCCUGAUGCAUUGAGGAUUGUUGCUUGUGGAGAUGGCAAGGGCAAGUCGCUACUGCGUGCUUUCAUGUGGGAUUCAGGCACUAAUGUAGGCGAAUUUGAUGGCCAUUCGAGGCGAGUUCUUAGCUGUGCAUUUAAGCCAACAAGACCAUUUCGUAUAGUGACUUGUGGGGGGGAUUUUCUGGUGAAUUUCUAUGAAGGACCGCCAUUUAAAUGCAGGCUAUCUAGCAGCAUGGGGUUAGAAAUCAGUGGUUUUGGGAUCGCAUUGCCUGACCAGUGUGAUGCUGUAUUUACAUUCACAUCUUCUGGUAUGCGUCUAGACUCUAGUGUCUAUCAGGCUACCUGA